CCCAAGUCCCAACUGAGCCCAUUUGUCACCUCUCUACUACGGAGUAUGGUGUUUUGCAUUUAAAAAAAAAAAAAAACCAUCGUCAAACUUCAAUCUCGAGGAACUCCAUCGAUGUUCUUGAUUUUAUUACAAGUCUAUUGAUCUUACUUCUUCUCUCAAGCUUGAUACUAUGGGGACAUAUCUAAGUAGACCUAAAACCGAGAAGGUGUCUGAAGAUGGUGAAAAUCAUAGAGUAAGAUAUGGAUUGUCAUCCAUGCAAGGCUGGCGUACAUCUAUGGAAGAUGCGCAUGCAGCUCUUCCAGAUUUGGACAGUUCUACAUCUUUUUUCGCUGUAUAUGAUGGCCAUGGAGGGAAAGCAGUUGCUAAGUUUUGUGCAAAGUUUCUUCACAAGGAGUUACUUACUGAUGAAGCGUACAUGGCAGGAGAUUUCGCAAAAGCACUUCGUAGAGCUUUUCUCAGAAUGGAUGAAGUGAUGCGUACUAACAAAAAGUGGAGGGAAUUAAUUUGGGGUGACAUAGAAAAAACUGAUGGAGUUGAUGAUGAAUUAUUUCUCAUGAGUGGCAAAAACGAGGACGAAACUUAUACCGUGUCAAACGAGGAUCCCGAUUCUGAUUCAGAGGAACCAACUUCUGGAUGCACGGCUUGUGCUGUACUAGUUCGAGAUGACAAGUUACUCAUUGCUAAUGCUGGUGACUCUCGUUGUGUAAUGUCCAAGGGUGGUCAAGCUUAUGAUUUAUCCAAGGAUCACAAACCUGAAAUUGAGGCUGAGAAAGAAAGGAUUCUGAAGGCUGGUGGUUUUAUCCAUGGUGGACGGAUAAAUGGAUCCCUAAACUUGACAAGAGCCAUUGGAGACAUGGAAUUCAAGCGUAACAAUAUAUUGCCAGCCGAAGAACAGAUAGUCACUGCAAAUCCUGACGUAAACACUGUUGAUCUUUCGGAAGAUACAGAUUUUAUCGUGCUCGCUUGUGAUGGAAUUUGGGAUUGCAUGUCAAGCCAAGAACUAGUAGACUUUGUACAUGAACAAUUAAAAUUGCAAACUAAACUUUCGAUCAUAUGCGAACGAGUACUGGACAAUUGCUUGGCGACUUCUGUAGGUGGUGAAGGUUGUGAUAAUAUGACCAUAAUUUUGAUUCAGUUGAAGAAAUCUGCAACCUCCAGUUCCAGCAUUGAGACUGGAUAUCCUCUAUCUGCUAAGCUACAUUGAAAUAGUUGAAAUCUUAUACAAAUCACACGAUAUAGAUCCUUUUCUUUUCUAUUGACGAUGUACGUACUCUAUCUGUACAUAAAGGAAGUGGUUACUUUCUUGUA